AUGCCUCCUCGCAAGCACCCUCCACCAGAACCGACCAUCUCAAUCCACAAGCUUCCUCCAGAGAUCCUCCACCAAAUAUGCAGCAUCCUCCCAUUACACGACCUAGGCCACUUCAGACUGACCUGCAAAGCCUUCGCCGAAUUCUCCCAACGCCAUCUGGUCAAGGAACUACAUGUCAUGCUCACGCACAAAUCCUUCGCCAAUCUCCAUGCCAUAUCGAGAAACGAUCAGCUACGGAGAUAUGUAAGGAAGAUUGUGUACGAACCAAUGAUGCUGAGUGAGAUCGACAAGGAGGGAUGGAUGGGCCAAUUGCAAGAUUAUUUCUCAGACUGGGAUCGUGAUAGAUAUAUUCGCUUUGGGACAUCCAAGAUCGGGGUAGGAUGUAAGAACGGGAGUAUCAGGGAGCAGGCUAGCACGACGAAGCGAUUACAAGGAACGUGGAGGGUUUACGAUAGGAAGCUGGUGGAGCAAUCGCAUUUUCUCGAACGCAGUCAAGAUUACGCCAUCUUCAAGAGUGCGCUCGCAAAGUUCCCGGUCUUGGAACAGGUUGUGAUGAAGGGGCGACCGAAUGCGAAGAAGAGUCCUUGGUUGGAGAGAGAAUAUGAGGACACCAUGGCCAUCCCCGCACAUUUCACAGAUGGACGAGUGGACCACUGUGAUGAGUCUUCUGUUCGGCCUAUGAUGGGACUAUUGUCUGGCUUAGCGACUGCUGGCGACCACGGUGUACAAUUGAAACAUUUCAAGAUCAAGAAAUUGGGAUGGCAGUUCUUUGAUUACGCAUUGGAUUCCCAGACUCGAUCCAAUCCCGAAUACACGGUCUGGUUUGGUCUGCGAACGUUACAGAUCCAUUUUGCGGAGGACCUUGAUGCGGCUGAUAUACCGGAAGAGUCUUGUCAACGACAUAGGAAUCUAGGGGCACUGUUAUCGGUGACGCCGCUCUUGGAGACUUUGGAUUUGAGAUUUGGCCGGCCUACUCGCAAUCACUAUCUAGUGCAUCAGGAGAGAGAAUAUCGUUAUCCAGUCCUAUUUUCAAACACUCUGUCCAACAGGCAUUGGCCUAAACUCCAUACUUUACGUCUAGAAGAUGUCACCUGUCACGUCAAGGCCAUUUCAUCCUUCCUAAUAAACCAUUCGCGCACCCUUCGAGUCCUCAACCUCUCAUCCAUAUGGCUCCACGAAGCGACCUCAAAAUGGUCAUCCGUCUUCGAAAUCAUGCGCGAGCAUCUGUCCCUCUCCAAACUCUUCUUAGACGGAAACUUCGGAGGAGAAGAGACACCCGAUAACAGCGAGCCCGCAAUUCUGAUGUUGCUGGAACGACGUCAUACCAUCUGGCUGACCAAAGCAAUCGUCUACGGCAAGGAACAGAUGGAAAAGAUCCGACAAGAGAAUGAAGACUCCUUCAGAGAGGAGGUAGAAACCUUCGCCGAAAAAAUGGAAAGAGGGUUACCAGUCAUGAAUGGAUAUACGCUGCAUAGUUCUGGGACCGGGGUGGAGGUAGUGCGAGGAGAUUUUUCUAGGUGCUGUGAUGGCGUUUGUCCACAUAAGUAUUUCAUGAAGGACCCUGUGAUGGAUUUGUUACAUUAUACUGGUAGGGAGUCAUGGCCUGAAUAG